AUGUCAUUGCUUGGAAGGGACUACAAUGAGCUGAACGAGCUGAACUCCUCAGACAACAGUUCUAAGUCACCCUCAGAAAGUAGCAGUAACAUUACUCCAGAGAAUGUCCAUCCUGCUGGGGAAGCCGAACUAUCGAUGAUGCAAACCUUGAUCCACUUGUUGAAAUGCAACAUCGGCACAGGGCUCCUGGGGCUUCCCCUGGCCAUAAAAAAUGCCGGCUUAUUGGUGGGUCCUAUCAGCCUGCUGGCCAUUGGGAUCCUCACUGUGCACUGCAUGGUCAUCCUGUUGAACUGUGCUCAUCACCUCAGUCAAAGACUGCAAAAGACUUUUGUGAACUAUGGAGAGGCCACAAUGUACAGCCUUGAAACCUGCCCAAACACCUGGCUGAGGACACAUUCCGUGUGGGGAAGGUACAUUGUCAGUUUCCUAUUAAUCAUCACCCAGCUGGGCUUCUGCAGUGUUUAUUUCAUGUUUAUGGCAGACAAUUUACAACAGAUAGUGGAAGAAGCCCAUGUGACCUCCAACACGUGCCAAUCCAGGAAGAUCCUGGUGCUGACCCCUAACCUGGACAUUCGUUUCUACAUGCUGACAAUCCUGCCCUUCCUGAUACUGUUGGUGUUCAUCCAGAACCUCAAGGUGAUGUCCAUCUUCUCAACAUUGGCCAACAUCACCACCCUGGGGAGCACGGUUCUGAUCUUUCAUUAUAUCUUGCAGGGAAUCCCGUUUCCCAGCAACCUACCCUUAAUGGCAAACUGGAAGACCUUCUUGCUGUUCUUCGGUACGGCCAUCUUCACAUUCGAAGGCAUCGGUAUGGUUCUGCCUCUCAAAAACCAGAUGAAGAAUCCACAGCACUUUACCUCUGUUCUGUACUUGGGGAUGUCCCUUGUCAUCAUCCUCUAUAUCUGCUUGGGGACACUGGGCUACAUGAAGUUUGGGUCAGACACCCAGGUCAGCAUCACCCUCAACUUGCCCAAUUGCUGGUUGUACCAGUCAGUCAAGCUGAUGUACUCUAUUGGUAUCUUCUUCACCUACGCUCUCCAGUUCCAUGUCCCAGCUGAGAUCAUCAUUCCAUUCGCCAUCUCCCAGGUGUCAGAGAACUGGGCGCUGUCUGUAGACCUGUCUGUCCGCACAGGCUUGGUCUGUCUCACCUGUGUCUCAGCCAUCCUCAUCCCCCGCCUGGACUUGGUUAUCUCCCUGGUGGGCUCCGUGAGCAGCAGCGCCCUGGCCCUCAUCAUCCCACCCUUACUGGAAAUUAUCACCUUUUACUCUGAGGACAUGGACUAUGUCACCAUUGCAAAAGACAUCGUGAUUAGCAUCCUGGGCCUUUUGGGGUGUAUAUUUGGGACAUACCAAGCCCUCUAUGAGUUGACCCAACCUAUCAACCAUUCUGUGGCCAACUCCACAGGUGUCUAUGCAUAA